AUGCCGAGAAGCUCCAGCGGUCGGCUUCGAACUUUGCCUGUGGGGCUCUGUCUCCUUGCCCUUGGCCAUGCCGGCGAAGGAGAAACAAGCAGUGAAGCAGACGCUGCCACAGUUUGCAGUCAUAAAUUGAAAGGUGACCAGUGCUUGCACUAUUUGCCGGCAGAGGCUGAAGCCCUCCGGAGCUUCUUGCAGGAGCUGCAAAAGGCUCCCGCACCGAAGCCAGGUUCAUUCGAAGGCAGAGGGAUUGUCAUGAGCGGAGGUCCCAUGCACGUGCUACAGGCCUUGGCAAACUUGGAGGUGCUCCGCACGGAGCUUAAGUCUGGCAUGCCCGUGGAGUUCUGGCAUGCCUUCGAACUAGAACCUGCUCACUGCGAAGCCUUGGCCUCGCGUGGUGCGGAAUGUCGCCAGCUUCAGGUACCGGGGGUUUACCGCCAGUUUGAGACCGUUCUGCCGUCCAUUAUGGCAUCCUCCUUCCGGGAAAUUUUGUGGCUUGAUACCGACAUCACGCUGCUGUACAGACCAGAGGAGCUCUUCGAUUCACCUCAAUAUCAGAGUACCGGUGCGCUGUUUUGGCCGGACCACUGGUCCUACGACUGCCCACUGUGGGGAGAAAGCUCGUGGCCGGGUCAUGUGGCUUUGAAGCUGCUGCAAUUGAAGCACAACGCCUCGGACAUGCAGUAUGCGCAGGAGCACGAGACCGGCCACUUCCUGAUCGAUCGGGAAAGGCACUGGAAGCCCAUUUGCUUGGCUAACUACCUGGCAUCACGGGACUUUUUCACUCGCGUCCUCCACGGGUACAAGGAUGUCUUUCGCCUGGCCUUUCUCAAGCUGAAUGCAUCAAACUGGCUCAGCCCCGUGCGACCCGGACUUGUUGGAGGCUUUUUGAGCAAUGGGCUGUUCUUCCCGCAAGCUUUGGUGCAGUUUUGGCCAGCCGGAGAUCUGUUUGGAACAGGUCCGCAUGGGCGAAAUAUUCCCCUUUACAUUCACCAGAAGAAGGAACCCGGCAACCUGUGGAUGGAUGUUCUGAUCUUUGAGACGCCGCUGGGAACCUGCAGCUCCUACACGAUGCUCCCCUUCGAUGUGCUCAAGCCUGGGGACUGGAAUCUUUGGCUGGUCGGUGACACAGAUGUCCCACUCGCAGAAAGGAUUACUACGGCAGAUCUGCUAUGGGACGUAGCCUACAAAGAAGCCCGCGAUAACUUGCUGCCUCUCCUGUCGGAAGAAGACCAAGCAAAGCUGCUCCCGAAGAAAAGCGCUUCAGCUAACAGCGACUGGCAUCGCAAUGUGGAAGGAUGCCGCUGCAACUACGAUGACAACCUGGUUUUGUUCGUGUUGACAGUCCUGUCGGUUGAUCCAGAAAUGCGGUUCGAGAUCUUCCAAACAACGCUGUGCGAUCCGAUUCUGCUGGGAUUUGAUUGGGAGUCGUGCCCCAUUGGCUUCACGGCGCUGGCGGUCCUCUGCUCACAGCACCUGAUGCACGAAGAUGCAGACAAAGCGCAAAGCGCGAAAGAAGCGCUUACCAAGCUGGUGCCUUCAGUCGAGCAAUGCCUGUCCAAGACGGCGUGGCCGCUGAAGCUCGAGGACUUGCAGCAGUUUGCGAAUGGCACUGUCAGCGGCUACCCUGGAGACUUCAAGCUGCAGCCAGAGAAGGUGGCAAUGCUUGGGGCGUCCGUCCAACGUUGUCUUCCUCUGAGCAUGAGCUGCUGGACUCCAAGAAAUCGGUGGCAAGAGCGAGACCAUCGACACCAAUUCGUGGUCAAGGAUAUGGAGUUUCACUCUUGCCGAUAUUGCUGCGACAAGAACAUUCCAUCGCGUUUUCGCAAGCCGUGCUUCGACUCCACAUUCACAGAGCAACGCUGCUGCAAGGGGGAAGCUUGA